GCAAACUAAAGUACCUUCUCUGUCACGCUCUGUUAGGCAUUCCAUUGUUUUCACAAACUUUUAAUUCUCACCAAACUCCAAUUUUUUCUUUUUUAGCUGAAAUCUCUUUAAUCCCAUUAUUAUUAUUACUCUUUCAAUAUAAACAGUAAACCCCACAAACCAAAACUACUCAUUACAAUCUUGAAUCAAUAGAUUGAAAAAAAAAAAAAUGGAAGUGGGCAAUAAUAGAAGAAGGAGCACGUCAUCAUCAAGAAAUAAUAAUGGUGUUGUAGUAGCUACAGGUUCUGUUUGGGAAAAUAGAAUGAAACUUGAUGAAGUAAAAGGUGGAUUCAAAGUGUUUAGUAAUAACAAUAAUGAUGAAACCCCAAAUGAAAAUGAUGGUAAAGAUUGUAACUUUAUCAGUGGAAGUAACACUCAAGUGGAUAAAAAGUUGGAUAUGGGACCAAAAAAGACUAAUAUUGGUGUUGUGGGGGUGAGUGGAAAGAGAAAAACUUGGAAAACUGAGAGUAGCCCAAUUCAGAUUGCUAGUAAAAGAUCUGGUUUGAGCAAAAAAUUGGAUGAAAAAUGUGAUUUGAGCAAAAAUUUGGAUGAAAAGUGUAAAGAUUUGAGUGUUUCUGUUGAUGGGGUUGUUGGAUUUACAAUGAAAAAUGGGAAAGCUGAGAACUUUGAUGGAAACCAAAUUCAGAUUGCUAGUAAAAGGUCUGAUUUGAGCAAAAAUUUGGGUGAAAAAAUGUGGAGGAAAAAAAAUUUGGGUGAAAAGUGUAAAAAUUUGGAUGAAAAGUGUAAAGAUUUAAGUGUUUCUGAUAAUGGGGUUGUUGGGAUUACAAAGAAAACUUGGAAAGUUGAGAGCUUUGAUGGAAACCAAAUUCAGAUUGCUAGUAAAAGGUCUGAUUUGAGCAAAAAUUUGGAUGAAAAAUGUGAUUUGAGCAAAAAUUUGGAUGAAAAGAGUAAAGAUUUGAGUGUUUCUGAUAAUGGGGUUGUUGGGAUUACAAGGAGAACUUGGAAAACUGAGAGUUUUGAUGGAAACCAAAUUCAGAUUGCUAGUAAAAGGUCUGAUUUGAGCAAAAAUUUGGAUGAAAAAAGUAAAGAUUUGAGCAAAAAUUUGGGUGAAAAGUGUAAAAAUUUGAGUGUUUCUGCUGAUGGGGUUGUUGGUACUACAAGGAAAACAUGGAAAUCUGAAUCUUUAGAAGGAAACUCAAUUCAGAUUGCUAGUAAAAGGUCUGAUUUGAGCAAAAAUUUGGAAGAAAAGUACAAAGAUUUGAGCAAAUUUUUUGAUGAUAAGUGUAAAGAUUUGAGCAAAAAUUUGGAUGAAAAGUGUAAAGAUGUGAGUGUUUCUGGUGAUGGAGUUUGUAAAAAAGUCCCAAAUCAAAGUAAGAAAAACUCUGAGCUGAGAAAACUGAAAUCUGAGUCUGUUAAUGGAAAUGUGAAAAAAUCCAAUCUUGAUGUAAGAAUCUUGAAAAAAUCCAAUCUUGAAGAAUCAAGUGAGAAUCUUGAAGGGUCAAUUGGUAUUAAGAAGACAAAAUCUGAGGAGUUUGGUAUGUGUGAAGAGAAAUUCAUCACAAGUAAUGUGGUAUCUGAGGCCAAAUCUGCAAAUAAAUUAGAAAAGAAUCUUGAAAAUGAAGAUGAUAAUGAAGAAUGGGAUGAUGUAUUGGAAGAUGAAAUUGAUGAGGAAAUUGAAAAGAAAAGUGUUGAUGUUAAAGAAAUUAGAGUACAAGAACAGAAUAAGCCUAAAAAGAUUGUGAUUGAAGAGAAGAAAUUUCAGUACAAUAAUAAAAGGCAAAUACCAGUUUCUUCAAUUAACAAGAAACAGUCCCCUCCUACUUUAAUCCAUGCUAAAAUUCAUCCAAGCCCAACAAGAACCAAAUCAGUUCCAGUUUCAGAUGAAUUCCAGUCUAGAAAACAUAGCAAAUUACAAAGCUUGGUUGACUUAGUGAUGUGGAGAAAUGUAUCAAAAUCUGCAUUAGUCUUUGGAAUUGGAACCUUUGUUAUCAUUUCAUCUUCGUAUACUCAAGAUCUCAAUAUUAGUUUCAUUUCUGUGCUCUCCUGCUUGGGUCUGGUCUAUCUUGCUGCAAUCUUUCUCUUUAGAUCCCUCAUUCACAGGAGAGCAGUUGAUAUUGGUGAAUCAAGUGAGUAUGUAGUAGGGGAAGAAGAAGCAGUGUGGAUACUGAAAUUGAUACUUCCUUUUAUAAAUGAGUUUCUUUUGAAAAUCAGAGCCCUUUUUUCUGGGGAUCCUUCAACUACAAUGAAGAUGGCAGUUUUGCUGUUUCUUUUGGCUAAGUUUGGCAGCUAUAUAACUAUUUGGAAACUGUCUAAAUUGGGCUUUUUUGGAGUUUUCGUCAUACCAAAAGUUUGCUCUUCUUAUUCCACACAAUUAACCUCUUACGGUACAUUUUUGAUAAUGUAUAUUAGAGAUGCAUGGGAAUCAUGUAAUCACAAAAAAGCAGUUGGAUUUGCAAUCUUCACAUUAGUAUGGAAUUUCUCUUCAAUCAUUGCCAGAAUAUGGGCAGUGUUCAUGUUAUAUGUGGGCUUUAGGUACUAUCAACAAACCUUGAUGAGAGAAGACACUACAAUUAAAGCUGAUGAUUUUUUGCAAGGGAAAAUUAGAGAACAAAGACAAGUUGGGAGAAAGCCCAAUUCAAUGGACACAAGAAAGCAAAAGAAAGCAUUUUAAUUUAAUCCAUAGCUAAUAUUAUAAAUAAUUUAAAAAAUAUAUAUAUUACUAGGUGAUAGAUAACAACAUGUAUUCUACAUUUUCUUUCCCAUUUCCCUAACCAUUAUCUUUUGAUAAUUUUUUUAUUCUUUCUGUACAUAGUUGUCUGACAAAGUAAACUGAUUGGAGCUUAGCCUCCAUUGGCUUAUAAAUCUUUUGGUUUUCAAAUGAA